ACCGCCCCAGGACGUGUCGAGAGCAGCAGAGGCCGCAGUAUUCACGCGUCGGGCGCUGCUAUGGGAGCCGGAGGGGUAGCGGAGCUGCUGCUGGUUACACUGCUGAUAAUGACUGGUACCCGAGCAGAGGACUGCAGGGAGGGAGAAUACUUACAUGAAGGUCACUGCUGCGUAUCUUGUCCAGCAGGUACUUAUGUUGCUCAGCACUGCAGUGCUCCGCAUGUGAGAGGAAGAUGCAUCCCUUGCACUGAAGGAGAGGGUUAUACUGCCCAUGAGAACGGCUUGGAAGAGUGCUUGUCGUGCAGACAAUGCAAAGAGGAUCAGAUAACUUUGAGACCCUGUACUCUGACGCAUGAUACUGAAUGCCAAUGCAAACAAGGGUAUUUCUGCCCUGCUGAGGGCUGUGAAAUAUGUCAAAGAUGCAGUACAAUAUGUCCGGAUGGAAAAGAAAUUGUGCAGAAUUGCAAUGCUACUAUGGACCUAGGAUGUGGCUUACCUGAUCAAGGAAGCACAGCUUUUGUUUGGAGUCUUGUGGUGAUUUUGGUUGUUGUUGGUGGUUGUUCAUUGCUGUGCUUUGUAACUAGAAAGCUGAAGAGGGAUAAAGCUGCUUCAACUGAUAAAGAUGCAGAAAAAGGUCUGGAGUGUGAGGACAGUACUGAAAGCCUCAUUUUACCAGAAGUGGAGACACCUGCAAAUAAGAUAGCCAACCCAGAGUGUGAGAACUCUGGUGACAGCCCAGAGGGCCAAGCGCAAACCAACAUUAAUGUGGAAGUAAAAAACACAUUACCAGAGGAAAACGGUGUUGCACUUUCUGGGUGGGGCACCAUCCUGCGCAGGGGGUGGAGGAGGAUCGCUGAGUCUUCAUUACCAGCAAAAACUGGGCAGAAUUCUGCUUUCCAUCAGAAUGUCCUGUCUAACGCACGAAGUGGUAGGAUGCUGGCAAAUCAUAUGGUACGAAAACCAAAAUACCGAAUAGUUGUUAAAGAUCUCUCUCAAAAAGAACUGAGAGAUAGCUUUUGGGCCUUUAUAAAGGAAGUACCACCGAAAAAAUGGAGGCAGCUUAUGACAACUCAUCUGAAGGAAAAUGUUAUUGUUAAAAUUACUUGUGACUUUCCUAAUGAUAUAGAAGAGCAAUCUUAUCAGAUGCUUCUCACCUGGAAAAACACAUUGGGAAAGGAACAAUCUAUUAUUAAGUUACUCAAUGAGUUAAGGUAUAUAGAUACCAAGGCUUAUGAUAAUGUAUUGAACACUUUAAAAAGUAAUAACAUUAUAAGUAAAUUAGAAGCUACAGAUUAAUGUUUACAAUGAACUUCAAAAAUGCUUCUGUGUACAUAUACAUGUCUACAAACUUCCUGUAAAUGAGGACGUCAACAAACUGCUAGUAGGUGAUGGCAUGGACUUUGAUAUCCUCCUCACCUUCACAGAGGGAGCUGGAAGUGAUUUAACACCGUUGGUGUUAACACGGACUCCGGUUGUGAUGUUCACUAGGGUCUUUUUGAGUUGUAUAAUAUUAAACUCAGGCACCAGAUGCCAGCUUGAGAGCGAGGAGCUUCCAGCUCUUGCUUCCCUUCAUGUGAGGCAGGACUGUGCUGUCUGAGCCCAGGUGGUUGGAACGAAGAGGCUGCUGCUGUUUUUGAGAGGAUUGCAAUGCUUUGGUUUCUGAAACGAUUAUGUUUUGUAUUGGUAUGCUCAGAAGUGUUAUGUUUGAAGCACAGCAAUAAAAGCCCGGUUGAGCCA